UUUCCGUAGUCGGAAAUAUGAUGACAAGUUUGCAGAGGCUUUGUGUGGUAUCCUGCGUAAACUCCAGGCUUUGCAGAAAUUAGAUUUUAUCAGUGGUGGUCUCACUGAUGUUGGAGCUGCUAAACUUGCCAGGGCUUUAAAGGAUUGUCCACACAUCACUCACCUAAAUGUUAGUGAUAACUCUUUGAAAGAUGAAGGUAUAACAGAGAUUGCGGAAACACUAUGCAGACUGCCCAACAUUGUCUCUGUCUUGAUGGGGAAGAACAGCAUCUCCACAGAUGGAAUCCUCACACUCCUUGAGAGAAUGUCUGCCUGCAACUCUGUUCAGAAAGUUCAUGUUGAGGCCAAUAAAGACAUCAGCCUUUUCUUCUCACAAAGCUCUGAUAAAGUCUGUGAAAACACAGAUUUGAAUAAUACAGAAGAGCCAAAGAAUGUAAUGUUAAAGCAGUGUAACAUCAAUGUUUCCAAUGUAAUCAGCCUGUGUAAUAAACUCGGGGGCUUUACCUACAUAACCCUUGUAGAUUUGUCCAACAACUCACUGGGUAACAAGGGCCUGAAGAAGAUUCUGGACCUUCUACCUAAACUAGGAAUGAUUCAGGAGAUCAA